CGCCAUUUUGAAAAGUGGAGAAGGCCCUGGGGACGAGGUUGCAUACUCUCCGACAGUGCUUGCUGGCAGCGGUCAAUCUCAAAAAUAAUAUCCCAUAAUAGUAACCACGUUGUUCGCUUCCCUCUCGCACGAGCGGUAGCUUUUUGGCUUGGAUUUCCAAUAGGCUCCCAAUAUUCUGUAUUUUUAAUCAUUCUCCAUGCAGUGACAACUUAUUCAACUCUUCAUUGCUUUCUGAAGACUCACUGGGAAAGAGAGACUACUCACAGAUUCCGAGGGGUUCGCUGCAAUAAGUAUUAGCAACAUGAGCUCUGAUCAAAAAAUGGCUCCCAAUGAUAAGAAAGACUCGAGAUUCCGCGAUAUUCGUAAGGGAUCCCCAGACAGAUGGGGCAAGCCAGGGAGGCGUGAUAAUACACCACCUAAGGAAACCAACAGAAAUGACCCCCACUCUAUUCGUUGUCGCGUUUUCAUCGGCAAUCUUCAGAUGAGCCGCAAGGAACUUGAAGACAUUUUUUCUCAGUAUGGCAGAGUGGUGGGCUGCUCAGUCCAUAAUAACUACGGCUUUGUGCAAUUUGAAGAUGAAAAAUCAGCAGAUGCUUCCGUUGCAAAAGAAAAUGGCAAAGUUUAUAAUGGGAAACGAGUAGAUGUCAACUUAGCUGGUGAUAGAAGAAAGGAAAAGAUGGAUGAUCGGCCACGUGACAGAGACUCCAGACCGCCAUUUCCUAGCUUCAAUAGGAGAGAACGAGACUUUGACCGGGAAGGAAACAGACCAUUUAGAAAAUCUCCACCACGAGACAGGCCACGGUUUGAAGAUUAUGAUCGUUUUCCCUCACGAUUUGAACCACCCUUCGAUCGUCGUGGAAGGUCCCCAUCACCGCCACGAAGAAUGGAUGACCGUCCUUAUGGUAGACAUGAUGAUUACUACAUGCGCGAGAGAUACAGGGAUGAGCCCCCUCCCAGAGAACCAUACCCAAGAAACUCAUUUGACCACAGAGGUGAGCCAUUUGACAGAGAUCGGAGGGAUCCUUAUGAUUCUCCUAGGGGUCCAUACCCUGAAAGAAGAGAUGACCGGUAUGAUCGCUUUGAUUCGUAUGGAAGGGAAGGCCGUGAUGGCGGUCGUGAUUACCCUCGUCCUGGUGAGUAUCCAGGUCCUGCUAAGAGGCCAAGAAUGGAGUAUGAUGGUCCAGAUGAUAUUUACAGCAGCAGCAGCAAGAGUAUUGAGGCGCCAACGGACUGUGUCAUAGUUGUGAUGAACAAACAACAACGGGGUUAUGCAGAAAUGGUUCAAAGAAGACUGAAGGCUGUAGGAUUGGUAGUAGAUCUUCACUUCCAUGGGACACAGCCAAUCAUGGAGCUUUUAGAUGAUGUGGCUCGCCGUGGUGUUCUGUACGCUAUAGUGAUUACCAGUCAGCAUGAGGUGCAUCGCUCAGUGACUGUCAACAUUUUGCAUGGAACUCCUCAAGGUAAAGAUCAAAAACUCCUUGCAGGGAUAAAGACACACAAUGAGCAUAGAAACAUGCCUCUCGAUGAUGCUAUGAGACUCGUUGGACAAAAUUUUGAUCAGUACAUGCAAGAUCUACGUGAACGAGCUAAAGUUAGCGGCGCACGGGACAGUAACAAGGACACGCCUGCAGCAAUCCCCAAAGAUGAGAAGACCACUGAGAUAUCGAGUCUCUUGAGUAAAGCAGCUACCGGAGCAGAUCUUUCUGCCGAACAGCUAACAAAACUGAUUGACAGCUUGUCUAAACGCCAAGAAGAAAUUCUGGGAAGUUCUACAACUGCCAACGGCAAAGGAGGCAUAACGAGUAGUCAACCCAGCCAGCCAGCUGUUGACCCACAGUCCAUCGCCAAACAGCAAGCGGACCUUCAAGCAAAAAUAUUAAGCAUUUUGAAUCCUGGUGGAGGUGCCAAGCCUGCUAGUAGUAUUAGUACUGCUAGUCCCCGUUCUCAGCAGACAGGUGGUGUCACUGCACCAGCUGUACCAACUCCAGCCAAACCAACCGCACUGAGUACCACUGCAAAACCGAUAUUUCCAUUGUAUCCAACGCAACCAAAACCAGCUGCCUCUUCGGCCACUAGUGGAUUUAUCUCAACAUCUGGAGUUGCAGCAGCUAUAACGAGAGUUUCAGCAGGUGCAACAGCAUCAAGAUCAGCCUCUUCCACAGGAGCAACUCAAGUUGGAAAUGCUUAUCAAUCAGCGUCACCGUACGGUCAAACAGCUGCUUCUAUGGCAGCAAAACAAGCAGCAUCGUAUCAAUUUCCGAAGCCUACAACUCCUGCAGCUCAAAGUACUUAUACUGUGGGCUCUAAUCAAGCAGCUGUGGGAGCCUCAUCAAGUUCUGUUUAUGGCUCCCAGGCAGCUCGGCCAUCUCAGAACUACUCAAUAGGAACUCAGGCACAGUCUGGGAAGUUUGGUCAGCCUCAGCAAUCUGCAGCUACUGCCGUCACGCGCUCUCCAAUUCCUGUUGUUUCCAAAUUCAGCCCUGCUGGACAAGCUAUUGGUACGGUUGGAGCAUCAAGACCAGCUGUUAACUCGGCACAAAAUAUUGGCCGAGGAACACCUACUUCUGUGGGUGGUCCAAGGCCCGCCUCUAGUAUCAUUGCAGGCCAGGUACGAACCCCAUCCCCUGGUGUUGCCAAAGGAAGAGCUGGUUUACUAGGAGCGUCUCCAACAAGUGGAAUUGCAACUAGGGCACUUGCACCAUCUGGGGCUGUGAGGCCCCCAUCAGGCACUCCAGGUGCACGCAUGGGUGCCCCCAGAGGCCCCUCACCGGUAGGCAGAGGCACUGUGAGGACUCCUUCUCCAGCAGGCAUGCAAGGUCGAGGUGCUCCAGCUCGAGGUGGGGCAGUCCCAGUUCGUGGUGGAGCAAUCUCUGUUCGAGGUGGAGCAACUGGAGGAACAUCUGGAGCUGGUGCAACAAGACCACCAUUAACGAGUCCUGGAGGCACUGCCCUGCAAACUGCUUCCCCAAAUAGGGGUGCCCUUGCUCAGCGAGGUGCACCAACAGUACGUGGUAUUCCAAGUAGAGGGGGUCCAACUGGUGCAGCUCGUGGUACUCCACCAAGUCGUGGAGCUCCAACCCCUCGUGGUGCUCCAACCCCUCGUGGUGCUCCAACCCCUCGUGGUGCUCCAACCCCUCGUGGUGCUCCAGGCCCUCGUGGCUCUCCCAUGCCUCGUGGUUCUCCUUACAUGCGUGGUGCUCCAGGUGGUCGUGGUGCUCCUUCAUCCCAAGGUGCUCCAAUACGCCCAGUGGUCCGUGGAGGUCCUUCUGGACAAGGAGGUGCCAUAAAUCGCGGUGCUCCGAGGGGUCGAUCUAUGAUGCGUGGUGGCCCUUCAUUUCGUGGAGGCCGUGGAAAUCCUGGUGGAUAUGGUGGAUAUUGAUUUAGCAGCGUGAUCAGGAUUACUGGACUUUUUAAAUGCAGCUCCACUGAACGGACUUGUCUUUUUUCACAGUGAACAUCUAUUUCUGCCAUGACAGUUAGCGUUGCAUUGUUAUUAUGAGGUUUACGCGUGCCCUUGUUUAAGUCAUUGUGUGUCUGUUUGCUCUAUUUUCAUUUGUGAUGUGUUGUCUUGAGCAUCACUGUUGACAUCUACAUUUCUGCAUGUGUAAAAUUUUUAUCUGUAAUUUUACAGUUGUAAUCUUGAAUCUUCCCAAGUUUUUAUUGUCAACGGCUAUUAACUUGUUAAAUCUCUUAUUUAGCAGGGCAUUUACAAAAUGUAUUUUAUGGUCUUUAUGAAAUAACUAGCAGAUAUGUGACAACGUUUUAAUUAAUACAAAGCACAUUGGUGUUUGUUUUUCCAACUGUUAUAAUUAAACUUAUACAUCGCAAUCUUA